AUGUUAAAGGCUGUCCCUACUGAUUGCAGUGAAUGCCCCAUCUGCUUAGAAGAGUUCCGUGUUGGGAAUGAGGUUCGUGGCUUGCCUUGUGCACACAAUUUUCAUGUUGAAUGCAUUGACGAGUGGCUCAGGAUGAAUGUGAAAUGUCCUCGGUGCCGUUGCUCAGUGUUCCCAAAUCUUGAUCUUAGUGCCCUGUCCAAUCUUCGUCCAGACUCUGAACGAUCUUCUGCCAGUGUUGUGACAACAACUAGCUAUGUGAGAGAGACCAACCUUUACCCUGCUGAACUGCCCUGCAUUCACCACAAACAGUUACCAAGUCUAAAAUCCUGUUGUCCUGAACUAUGA